CCCCCCACCCCUUCCCCACACCCACCAUCACCACCGCCUCCAGCCACCACCCUCAUCUUCCACCUGCACCUUCACCACCACACUACACAACACACCAGCCGCUGCAGGUCCCUAUGGGCUGAGUGGAGAGGACUUUUCCCUGGCCUCUUCCCAUCCCUACCCCCCCACCACCCCCCGUCCACCCACUCAUACACAUGUGCCCUCCUGGACAAGGCUAAUGUCCCGCUUAGCCGCACCCUGCACCUGCUGUGUCCCUGAUCCCUUGGUGGUGACAUUGCUCUCUGGGCUUUUGGUUUGGGAGCCACUUCUCUGCUCCUCCACUGUUGCCUCUGGCUUCCCAUAGAGCGGCCUGGGAGGGUUCCCCUGGUCUUAAAAGGGGCCCAAGCCCCCAUUCUGGCACACACCACUCCACUGUCGUGGCAGCAGCAGGUGUGGCCAAUGGAGGGGGGGGUGCUGGCCCCCAGGAUUCCCCCAGCCAAAUUGUCUUUGUCACCACGUGAGGCUCACACCUUUCAUCCUUCCCCACCUUCCCUAGUCCCUGCACUAGGUUGGACAGCCCCCAUUGGCUACAGGAAAGCGGGAGGGGUGUGAGUCUCCUACUCCCUCUUUGCAGUGGCCCCAGCCCCCUUACCGUCUGCCUGGGAUCUGAGUACAUAUUGCAGUGAUGGAGAUGCAGUCACCUAUUGUCCAGAUGGGGCACCAAUAACAAGGAGCUCACCCUUCCCACUCCCAGCCCUCCUGCUCCUGCCACCCCCCCAGGUUCUGGUUCCAUUUUUCCUUUGUUCACAAACUACCUCUGGACAGUUGUUUUGUUUUUGGUUCAAUGUUCCAUUCUUUGACAUCUGUCAUUGCUGCUGCUAGCAGCGCCAAAUGUUCAUCCACAUUGCCUCCUGCUCUGCCCACGAUCCCCUCCCCCAGGUUACUCUUCGUGGAGAAGAGGGGCUGGGGCAUGGCAGGCUGGGUGACUGACUACUCCAGUCGGGGCCCUGCCCCUAGGAUGCUGCAGCAGAGAGAGCAAGGGGGCCCAAAUCCACCAUAAAGCAUGUAGGGGCCACCUGCUCCCCCCGGUCUGUCAGGGAGGGGUAGCCAUGAUUUGUCCCAGCCUGGGGCUCCCUCUCUGGUUUCCUAUUUGCAAUUACUUGAAUUAAAAAAAAAAUCCUUUUCUGGAAAACAAAAUGUAGAGAAGACUCUAAAUAGCACCAAUAAUUCCAGGACUGUUUACUGAAUUGUCUUUCUCAAGUAAUUUGAACACUCAAGAAUUUUGAACACUUUGCUUUGGUAUAAGGGCCAUGAAGUUAAACCUUCACAUUGUCUGGGCUUGCUCACUGUGUGCUCCUAAGCAAGGGUGGUUAACUUCUGUCAGACUUCGGUUUCUUUUUUCUUUCUUUUUCUUUUUCUUUCUUUCUUUUUUUUUUUUUUUUUUUUUGAGACGCAGUCUUGCUCUGUCGCCAGGCUGGGGUGCAGUGGCGCAGUCUCUGCUCACUGCAACCUCCAUCUCCCGGGUUCAAGUGACUCUCCUUCCUCAGCCUCCCCACUUCAGUUUCUUUAUCUGUCAAUUGUGGUUAGUGGGCUGUUAAUGAAAAUUAUUAGGUCAAACAUCUACUAAGUAUCUGUCACAUAGUAGGCUCUUCGUCAAUUGGCCCUUUUCCUUCCCACUAGACAACUUGAGAAAGCUUCCUCCUAGCCUAUAGCUACUCUUUCGUUCCACUUCUUGGUUUCCUGCUCUGACUGCCCUGUUUUGUUCUCACAGAAGCAGGAGAGGCAGGUCCGAGACCGCGGGGUGACCCGGUCCAAGGCGGAAAAAGUGCGGCCGCCCACUGUGCCAGUGCCGCAGGUGGAUAUUGUGCCUGGGCGGCUCAGUGAGGCCGAGUGGAUGGCGCUUACAGCCCUCGAGGAGGGCGAGGACGUCGUAGGGGACAUCUUGGCCGACUUGCUGGCUCGAGUCAUGGACUCUGCUUUCAAAGUCUACCUGACUCAGCAGUGCAUUCCAUUCACCAUCAGCCAGGCCCGGGAGGCCAUGCUGCAGAUCACCGAGUGGCGCUUCCUGGCCCGGGACGAGGGAGAAUCUGCAGUAGCUGGGGACCCCACAUGGGGUGAGGACGAGGAGCCUUCGGCAUGCACGACGGACUCCUGGGCUCAGGGUUCAGUGCCCGUGCUGCACGCGUCCACCUCGGAGGGCCUGGAGAACUUCCAAGGCGAAGUACACUCCUCAGGAGCCUCUCCGGACUCCUCUGCCAUUACUCCUGCUCUCCGCUUUCUGACAUCUCACUGCCCGAGUGCAUUUCCCCAGGACCCUGGGGGCGUGGACCGGAUCCCUUUAGGAAGGUCGUGGAUGGGUCGAGGCUCCCAGGAGCAGAUGGAAUCUUGCGAGCCUUCUCCGCAGCUGAGAGUCACCUCGGCCCCUCCUCCCACAUCAGAGCUGUUUCAGGAGGCAGGGCCCGGAGGUCCUGUAGAGGAAGCGGACGGCCAGUCUAGAGGCCUCUCCUCGGCCGGGUUAUUGAGCGCGAGCUUCCAACUGUCGGUUGAGGAGGCGCCUGCCUACGAUGCCGACCCUUCUCUGGAUCCGUACCUGGUAGCCAGCCCCCAGGCCUCAACCGGGAGGGGACACCCCCUCGGCUUCCAUUUGUCGUUGGAAGACCUCUACUGUUGCAUGCCCCAACUGGAAGCGGCUGGGGAUCGGCUGGAACUCAGGUCAGAGGGGGUGCCCUGCAUCGCCUCGGGCGUGUUGGUGUCCUACCCCUCUGUGGGCGGCGCCACCCGCCCCUCCGCUUCCUGCCAGCAGCAGCGGGCCGGGCCCUCGGAUGUGCGGCUGAGCGCCCACCACCACAGGAUGCACCGCAAGGCGGCCGUGAAACGCCUGGACCCUGCGAGGCUCCCGUGCCACUGGGUGCGCCCUCUGGCUGAGGUCCUGGUCCCAGACUCUCAAACACGCCCCUUGGAAGCCUACCGCGGACGCCAGCGGGGCGAGAAGACCAAGGCCCGGGCCGAACCCCAAGCCCUCGGCCCCGGCACCCGUGUCUCCCCGGCAGCGUUCUUCCCUCUCCGGCCAGGCAUUCCUUUCCGUGACUUGGACUCGGGCCCCGCACUCCUGUUCCCCACUUUAAAUUUAGGCCUAUCGUCGCCAUCCCUCGAGUCAAAGCUGCCACUCCCCAACUCCAGGAUCCGCUUCCUCACCACACACUCGGUGCUCCCUGAUGUGGCCCGCAGCCCCAGCCCCAAGCUGUGGCCCAGUGCCAGGUGGCACAGCGGUUGGGAGGGGGAGGCCGAGCUGCUGGGCGAGCUGUGGGCUGGCCGGACCCGCGUGCCUCCACAGGGUCUGGAGCUGGCAGACAGGGAGGGCCAGGAUCCUGACAGAUGGCCUCGAACCACACCCCCGGUCCUUGAAGCCACUUCCCAGGUGAUGUGGAAGCCGGUGUUGCUGCCAGAGGCCCUGAAGCUGGCCCCUGGUGUGAGCAUGUGGAACCGGAGCACCCAGGUGUUGCUCAGCUCUGGUGUGCCUGAACAAGAGGACAAAGAAGGUAGCACCUUUCCUCCCGUUGAGCAACACCCCAUCCAGACAGGUGCCCCAAAGCCCCAGGUGACCGUAGCACAGCUAAUGAAGAACUCAGCCCCCAAAGUGUGGUCACGCUCCUCUAAGCCUGCUGCCUCCCUCUGAUCCCUGAGCCUCUGGCAGUAGUAACUGGCCCCUCCCUCUGCUAGCCAGAAAUAAACACCUGAGUUGCCUUAGGAA